AUCAACUACACAAAUUUUGAUACUGCUAUCAAGGAGAAACUUGGGAUUGAUCUAAGGGGCUGGCCCGAGGAUGUCCCGUUCCAGUCUCCCACAAGCAUCAAUGAUCUCAACACCCUUUGGAAGCUGCACGAUGCGCUGAGGGAGGGCUACUGCCGCUGGUUCCGCAUGACUCCUCGACAGCAUGAUGAGUUUGUCACAGGACUUGCUGCACGUUGCAAGAGAGGAGAGGUCAUCAGCAAACCUUGCAAGAAGCGCUCUGAUGCAGGGGUAGCUUGCAAACAGAAGGGCAAGGAGAAUGGUCGUCCGACCAAGCGUGUACGAGCCUCCGGGACAUCUGCCCAGGCUCUGAAAAGCUCAGAGUUUGUUGAUACAUCUGAGGAGGAGGACACUAGCGAGGGAGAAGCUUAA